CCUACUCUCGAGACCUUUGACCACGGCUCCGCUGCCUGUUAGCAGCUAGCUAGCGAGCUAACCUCUCUGCCCCGUCUUCAUUGCGUGUUUUUUUCUUGUGCGGAGAGAUGUGGUUUAUUUAUUUACUGAGCUGGCUGUCGUUGUUGAUCCAGGUGUGCUUCGUCACUCUUGCUAUAGCUGCUGGCCUGUACUACUUGGCAGAACUAAUAGAAGAGUACACGGUGGCCACCCGUCGAAUAAUAAACUACAUGAUUCUGUUCUCGACAGGCGUUCUCGCAGGCCUUUACAUCUUUGAAGGCUUCCCAGUGUUGAUGGUGGGAGUGGGACUCUUCACCAACCUGGUGUAUUUCGGCUUGCUGCAGACGUUCCCCUACAUCCUGCUGAGCUCGCCCAACUUCAUCCUUUCCUGUGUGUUGGUGGUGGUCAACCACUACAUGGCCUUUCAGUACUUUGCACAAGAAUAUUACCCCUUCUCAGAGGUGCUGUCGUAUUUCACCAUCUGCCUCUGGGUGAUUCCUUUUGCCUUUUUUGUGUCGCUGUCAGCGGGCGAAAAUGUGCUUCCAUCCACCGUGCAGCAAGGAGAUGAUGUGGUGUCUAAUUACUUCACCAAGGGCAAGCGGGGGAAGCGCUCUGGCAUCCUCCUGGUGUUCUCCUUCCUCAAAGAGGCUGUGCUACCCAGUAGGCAGAAAAUGUACUGAGUGAACUCAGGGGGUCGGGUGGGCUGCACUGUGGAAGUCAUGUCUAUCCGUUUGGGACUCCAGCGGGAAAACUAUGGUUGAAAGGGAUGAGGAGCAGAAGACAAUGGACCAAUGAACAGUGCAGCACCUCCUGUUUGGGCGAUCCAAGGAGCUUACUAACCUGACGUCUGCUGCACAUCGGCACUUAAUGCUGCUUUGGGGCGUCUUCUUUACGUACGUAUUGAUGCUCCUUGGAAAAAAAACAUGAUUUUUACAAGACACCAGGAAGCUGGCCAUCGAUUGCCUGGAUCAGACGUUCAUUGGAA